AGCUAGUACUCAGCGUUUUAAUUUUAAUUGUACAUUAGGGUAAUUUCCCCCUUCAUUUCAUGCCACUUUAUUCAUAUCGCGAACUAGAUUGACUGAUGCUUAAUGUUUUUGUGGAUUAUAUCGGGGAAAUUUAUUUUAACUCAUCCUGAUGUGACAGUGAGUGGUCGUUAAACAUGUUGCUCGCCAUAGCAUAAGCUCGUCAGUUGCGGUUUUUGUUGACUAAGGACUUUAAUCACGGAAACUUGAGCUUCGUGUCAUUUCAUAGCAAUUAAGUUGAGUACCAGGCGUCAUAAUCAUGCCGGUCAUUAUUAAGUCCAGUUUAUAUAGGUGACGUGAUAUCCAUUGAAUGCUUGUUAACCUACUAUUUAUUAAAUCUCUGCAUCUUUUAAGUCUUAUUAUAAUAAUAAUUAUUAUUAUUUGGUCUUGUCCUUUUGAAGUUCAGUUGCAGGGCCAGUCAAUCUUAUAUGCGACAUCGGCGGCUGCCUUGGGCGCCAUCUUCUCAGGGGGCGCCGACUUGCCAGCCAAUUUCACUUUGCCUUGGACUGGGGGCGCCGGUGUUCUGACAAAACAUCCUACCUUUCGAGACGUGCUAUGGAGCCUUUCUGCGCAUGUGCAGUUCCACCGUCUUGGGGUUAGGGUUAGGGUUAAGGUGCAGGUUCUCACUCAGGCAGGGAGCCAUGGAGACCGUGCAAGCCGACAUGGACUUCCGUGGGUCGGAGUUUACGGUCAGGGUCGAGGUGGAAGAGGAGCUGCUGAUGGUGGAGAUCUUAGAUUUAAUGACCGCUGAGCAGUGGAGAGGGGAGUUCGACCCCACUUAUAUUGAGGACCUCACUCGCAAGACGGGCAAUUUUAAGCAGUUCUCCAUCUUUUGCAGUAUGCUGGAGUCCGCUGUCAGAAGGACUAGUGAAGCGGUGACCCUGGACCUCUUGACGUAUUCCGAUUUGGAGCUCUUGCGCAAUCGAAAGAUGGGGCAACCCAGUAAGAUCCGGUCCCAGCCACAGUCUCCAGCCCUCAGUACCAAGCGCUACCUCAUUCUAGUCUAUACUGUUGAGUUUGACAGGAUUCACUACCCGCUGCCUCUGCCUUACCAAGGCAAGCUGGACCCGGCCGCCCUGCAGAGGGAGAUCCGAGUUCUCAGGGCGGAACUGGCUGCCCUCGUAGCCCAAGGGGGCCGCAGUCGGCAAGACCCCGAAACCAACCGCCUGCGUGCAGAACUGGCUCGGGUACAGGGGGAGAAGGAUGCCCUGGCCCGUGCUCUGGAUCAGCUGCAGGUAGCGGGGGUGGGCCAGACCCCUGGAGGGGGGGCUCGGGGGCUCCGCGAGGUCAUCCAGAGCCUAGAGGAGCAGCUGCUGAGGGAGAGGGCCAAGAACCAGCGCUCGGCCAGCAAGCGGAGCCAGGAAAAGCGUCUGCUUCUGGAAGAGCUGGAGGAGCUCCGGGCGUCAGAGCGGGCUUUGCGGGUUAGAGUGAAGAGCCUUACCAGUGAGCUGGCUUUGAUGCAGCGCUGCAGAGCGUCUCCUUUGGCGUCCUGCAGGAACGGCUCCGGGGGGGAGGGCCUGGGGCGGCGGUCGGCAUCCCGGGAUCGUGGCCUCACUGGGGGGGCGCUCAGGGGCCGCUCAGGGUCUCGGGAGAGGGUGGAGGACAGAAGCAGAAGGGCUGACAUGGUGGCACAAAGGACAGGCUCCACUGGGUCACGCCCCCAUAUCCCGAGGCCCUCCCCAUCCCCGUCAGGGUCCCAGUCACAGCGGUUUGACCCCACAGGCUACAUCCAGGAUCGCCAGCGCAAGCAGAAAGAGGCAGAACUCAAAAACCAAAGGAAGGUGAGAAGAGCGAUGCUGAGUCCGCUCACCAACACAGAGAGAGGACGGUCACGAUCCCGGACCACGCAGCCACAAGGCACCCGACUAGGGAGUGGCCGACAGGGGCGGAGCUCUUCCAUAGAGAGUAGGCGGAGCAGCCAUUUUUCUGACAGUUCAUUGGUCGACAUGCCAGAAAUCGCAUCACAUCUUCCCUCCAGGACCAGAAAGGCUUCCUGUAAUUCCGCAGCGGUUACCUUGCCCCGAGGGAGAAACCUCACCAAGAAGCCGUUAUGUAGCACCCCAACCGGCAUCAUGAGAGCCAUGGACAAGGAGAGCGCCGACCUGUCGGAAAUCGAUGCCCGUCUGCAAGCCUUGCAGGAUUACAUGAGGGACCUGGACACUGGCCGCUAGCUGCCUUCGUGGGGACACAUUUUACCUUUGCACUUUUACAAAAACACACGACUGUCUCAGUUUUUAGGAUUUAGCUGCAUAUGUGAGGUGUUUUUUCCAGACAGAGGCGCGAUGAUUUGUCAGUCUGGUUGUGAUGGCUCAGUGUUAUUAAUGUCGAAAUUAUUUUCUGGAACUUGGACAUCGUCAGCAUGACUGAGCUCUCGCUAUUGCCCAUGACAUUAUUUUCAACUUCCCCAAGACAGGGUAUGGCAAAGAAUUGACUGCCAUCAUGUUUACUUGGUGUGAGACAUACUGAAAAUAGUUUGUCAGGGAUAGAUGUAAGGGUGUGUGACAAGGAGUCACUUGACGGGAAUGAUUAUUUUUGUUAUAAUUUCCAGGACAUUUUUUUCCUAUCCAUUUACUUGUUCCAGUGAAUGUGGAUGCCGUUACUUUAUUUAAAAUGUUGUGGUACUCAUUCUGAUAAGGAUUUUUAACAUUUUACAUUUGAAGGUUUUACAUACUGUUUAUGGAGUUUGUUAGGUAUAAAACUUGUUAAUAUAUGAGCAUAAUGAGAAUUUUAUCAAUUUGGACACAUCAUUGGUAACAUUGGCAAUCCGGUGUCUUGUGUCAGUCAAUAUCAGGCUCUGUCCCGGGCAACUAAAUUUCACCUACUAAAGUUUAUAAUUGGGUAUUUGUGCUUGUAUGUGUUUUUUUUUUAAUCUGUGUGAAUGGCUGAUUAUUCACAAUGGAACAUUUUCACUUCUAUAAGUGGCAAAAAUUCAGUCAUAUUUAUAACAAAAAAACUUGUCAUAUUCUUUAACAAAAGAAACCACCACCAACCAAUGGGAAUGUAAGAGCUGGUUAUGGGGUGUGGUUUACAUUUACUGUCCCCUCAUUGGGUAUGAUAGUUUGAUCUGGGCAUGUCGGUUUGCCCAAAGAGGCCGUUGAUUACUAUGAACUAUCAAACACAUGAAUACAAACUCUGAUCAUUAAAAAAUCGAACAGACUAAAAUGUAUCUGUAUAUAGGACAUAUAAGUCUUCUGGUACUGUAAUGAAUGUGGGUUUGGAAUAAAUUAAUUGUUUUGAAUA